AUGAAUGAACCCACAAAAAAUAAAAAGAUACAACAACAACAAGGUUAUACAUCAUCGUCAAUAACAACGACCAUUAUAAAAGUUAAAAAUAUUUUUUUACCUUUACAAGAAUUCUAUAAUAAAGAAUUUAUCAAUUACUAUUUAGAAUUAUCUAGGAUUGUGAUUGCUAAAUUAUUCAAUCAUUAUGGCAAUGACGACGACGAUGAUGAUCAAGAUUUUAUUAUUAUCAAUUUGUUGGUUGAUAUUAUAGAAAAAGAAGAAGAGAAGGAUGCAGAAAUUAAAGAUUACCUCAACACCAUCAUUAACAUCAACAGCAUUAUCAAUGGUGACGAUAAUAUCAAUAAAUCUAUUAAAUACAAAUUUAUUAAAAAUGCUAUUUAUCAAACAGUUAAUCAAAGAUUUAAAAUUCAUCUUGAUAAACAAAAGAAUGAUCCGACCUCGCUAUUGAAUGAGCUGAAUUUUAUUUUCGAUGAUUUAAAAAUUAUUAAAAAAAAAAUUUAUCCAAAAUUUCCAAAAAAUUUUGGUAUUUUGGAACAUUUUAUUUAUGUUUAUAACAAAAAUAUCUAUAAUUAUAUACAUGAUAUAGUCUAUGAUGACGACAAUAGUCUAAAUAAUAAUAGCUUAAGUCUAAAUAAUCGCUUAUUUAAUAACAGUCUAAAUAACAACAGAAAUCUAAUUGACAACAAAAAUCUAAUUAACAACAGAACAAAUCUAAUUGACAACAGAAACCUAAUUGACAACAGGGACAACAGAAAUAAUUUUGAAUAUUUAAACCCAAGCGAUGACCUAAGCGUUAGUUUAAUUAAAACUAUUUUAAUCUUCUUGAAUGAUUAUUAUUUUUUCUUUAGUAAUAAUUUAGAAGAAUUUCAAAUAUUUAAGAAAUGUUACAAUUCAAAAAGUUUUGAGAAUUCGAUCAUUGAACAUAUUAUAGAUGUUUAUAUAUCUAUAGUGGACAAGAAGUUAACCGAGUGGUUAAAGGGUUUUAUCGAGCUUGAAAUAAAAGGUUUUAAUGAACGUGAUAAUAAUAACAAUAGUAAUAAUACACAACCCAAUAAUAAAUUAGCAUUAAAUAAUACAAACAUCUUAAUAAAGAUAAUGAAACAGUUGAAUGUUAAUGAUUCGGUGAUAGAAGACAAUUAUUUGGAUUUAAUCACCAAAGAAUAUGAUAAACAUAAAAAUAAUUUAGAGAUAAAUGAUGGAUUUAUAGAAUAUAUUAUAGCAAUAUUGAAUGAUAGAAUAUCAAUUAAGAAUAACUUCACUAAUGAAAUAAAUUAUUACAAUAUCUUCAAUGAUAAUAAUAAUUUUAUCGAUAAAACCAUAGGAAUAUUAAUAAAUAUAAUAUUUCAUGAUAUCAACAAAAUCUUUGCUAAAUUACACACUAAAUUAUGGUAUCAGAGUGACUUGAUGGCCAUUAUCACUGCUACACUCAAGGAUUAUGUAGACGAUUGUGACAUUAUGGAUUAUAAUUUUGAUCUUAGUCAACUAACCGUACUACAAUUCAAAGAAAGGCUUGCCAUUCCAACAACUAUACCUGCUAAUAAAAUGAGAUUAGUUUACUCAGGAAGAGUAUUAAAAGAUGAAGACUUGGUAGAAAGUUACGGUGUCAAAGAAGGACAUACAAUACAUGUUGUUCGAAGUGCUGCUAAUCGUGCUGCUGAACAAGCUGCAAAUUCUUCAACGAACAACAAUUCUAGGAAUCCCAAUAACAAUCCAUCAAUAAAUCCAUUUACUUUGAAUCUUUUGGGCUUGGGUGGAAGCUUUGACCAAGAUGUAAUGAGAAAUAUGAUGAAUUCUCCAAUGAUUAGACAUUUACUUUCUAAUCCUGAAAUAGUAAGAUCUAUGGUCAUGCAAAAUCCAGCAAUGAGACAAAUGAUUGAAAGAAAUCCUGAAAUUGGUCACAUCAUUAAUGAUCCAUCUUUUAUUCGUCAGACAAUGGAUAUGGCAAGAAAUCCUGAAUUAAUGAGGGAAAUGAUGAGAAAUAAUGAUCGAGCUUUAGCAAACCUUGAAACUAUACCUGGAGGUUUUAAUCACCUACGGAGAAUGUAUCACACACUACAAGAACCACUUGAAUCUGCUGGUCGAAAUAAUGAACAAUUAUCAGAGGCAGCUAAUCAACGUCUUGCCCAAAUUUUAAAUGUUGAAAAACCACCAGAGGGCCGUAUAAAUACCACGCCAUUACCAAAUCCAUGGGCUCCAAGGAAUAACAAUAAUCUUGGAAGUUUAGGCGGGAUAACAUCAUCAGGAAAUGUAACAAAUCCUUUUGGUGGAAUACCAUCUUUUAGUUUAAUGGGAUUUCCACCUAAUCAAGCACCUUUUCAAUCUUUAUCUACCAAUACUAAUAACAGAUUACCAAAUAGUAAUUCGCAAUUAAAUAACGGAUCAUCGGCACCAACUAAUAAUACAUCAUCACAACCUUCUUCCACGAAUGGUCUUCCACAGAAUUUCCCUAGCGUUAGAUUUUCAUCACAUCCACGGAGUUUACCAACAUCUUCUAAUCCUGAUUUUAUUAGGUUUCAACAAAUAAUGCAACCAACAUCGACCACGUCAACAACGCCACAACCUAUCAAUCAAUCAUCCGAACCUCCUGAGGCUCGUUUCCGAGAACAACUUCGAAAUUUAAAAGAUAUGGGAUUUAUGGAUCAAGCUGCAAAUAUUCGUGCAUUACUUGCUGCUGGUGGUGAUGUUAAUUCUGCAGUAGAUUUACUUUUACAAAAUUCAAAUUUAUAA